AUGGCAUCCUACUUCACCUCAAUCCCUGUAUCGAUCCCUUACUCGUGGCAGAAGCGGCUACUCCUGUUCGCUCUCAACCGGCUCGAUUUCAUCGAUACCCACGGCCUUGACCUUGAUAAUCUUGGUGGACUGACAUGGGGACGACGCUCUGUGGUCGAGCUCAAAAAUGUCCUCAUCAAAAUCGAGACGCUCGCUGAGCGUGCAAAUCUCCCGCCCUCGAUUGCGGUCGAAAAUGCCUCCAUCGCCGUCCUCCGCCUGACCGUUCCCGCCGAUUUGAGUACUGAUCCCAUCAAUGUAGAGGUUGAAGGAGUCCGGAUUAUGGCUAGACUGCGCAAAGAUGAUUCCCCGCAAGUAUCCGGCAAGGGCGCUGAUACAUCUCCGAGUCACAAGGACAGAGCAAACCGUCCGCGGUUAGCCUCACAUCCCACUCAUGACCCAGGUGGAAGGUCCCAUCGACCUCGCGAAGGCAUGCACCUUGAAGUUUCUCACGUUAUUCCAACUUCAGAAGAUCUGGCAGCCUCGUUCCUCGAGUCAGAGACAAGAGCGGAAAGAGAAGAACUGGAAGCCAUCGUUGGAUCGCACUCUCAGUUUAUGACCGAGUCGGUUUCGUCCGCUUCCUCUGGCAAUGAAGACGACACCGGCCUGGGUCUGCCUGCCGGCUUCGCCCUGCCAACCUUUCUGACGAGUUAUUUCCAGGGCAUUGCUGAUCACUUGACCUUGAAAAUCACCAACGUGGAGGUGUCCGUACGGCUUGAACUCACCCCUCUAGACGGUGCUGAGAGCGACGAGUCGAUCUUCAUUAUCAGAGUCGACAAUUUCGACAUAGGUUCUUUAAAGCGACAGGUGGAGGCAGGGGCAGUGUCGAAGCCACCUCGUCGACUUGCCCUUCGAGGCUUACACAUCGAUCUCGAAGUUGACCAAGACGUUUUCUCGCACCCGAGCUCACCGAGACUCGAUCGACAGUCUCUCAAAUCUUCGUCGUCUCAUCUGCGAGGUUCUGUCGCAAGUGACGAGCAAGACGACCGCUCAGAUGCUACUACGACUUCCUUUGCCCCCUUCGCUAGCGACAUAGAGCCUCACCCCGCCGGAUCUAGGCAACGCCGACCUGCUUUUACCAGUCUUGUGGCUUCUGCAUCAUCGUCUAGUGCUGAUCCCGAACCUAGUGUCUCCUCGCUCGCCUCCUCGCCUGGAAUUGCUUCACCUGAUCGUCAGUCACAGCUCUUGCCAACAGCCAGCCGUCUGGGCGCUUCCUCUGAGAUCGACAACUUGGUUCAGGCGCAGUACCAGGAGAGUAGUUCGAUGGACACCAGUGAUGGUCUGGGAAUUGGUCUCCGCAGCAACGAUCUGACGGAAUCGACACUGUUUACUCAUGAAGAAGCUGAAAGCAUGUACAUGAGUGCUGUCAGCCAAGCAUCGUCUCAAGCUGGAUCAUUGCGGCAAAUGCCUGGCGCAUGGGAUUGGUCGAACGAUCUGCCAACUCAUGUUGAGGAGUCUGUUGAACAAAGUCCACAAAUGGCACAAGAUGAUCAACUCCCCAGGCAUUCCACAGAGAAAGAACCCUCGCCGGAUUUCCAGGCUGACUCCAGGUUGGAGCGCCCUUUCGCGAAUCACGAGGACCGUUCGGAUUCAAUGCACGCUGCCGAGACCGAUGCACCAGAAGUCCCAACCCCAACAGUAUCCCAUGCAGUGCUGUCUAGAGCCCCAGAAAGUCUCCCAGAGGCAUUGUCUGUGUCAAAAUCAAACACUGUUCGGCUUGCCUCCCUGGAGAGUCUUACGAUUGUCAUUCCCGAGCAGAAGCUUGCUGAUGCGACUGAGACUUCUCGUCCACGUACCUAUCCCCGCCAUGAAGCACGCAAAGAGGUUCGGCAGUCUACCUAUUCUUCCACCUUGUCGACAUCAAGACUUCCGACUCAGCCUUUAGCCAGUAAACCCGCCUCUUCUGCUCCAAAUAAGACCAGCACGUAUCUAGAGACUGGUCAGUUGAGAAUGGACGUGGACUUGGGGAUUUGCAAGCUGCUGGUUCGAAUUGCGGGCAACAUCUUGAAAAUGCUGCCGCCCCGAGAUGGAUCUGCCGAACAGCAAGCGCCACCGUCUAGCUCAAUUGAGCAACACCUCCUUCCGAAUAUCAAGCUAGGGGAAAUGUUGUUCAAUUUUCAUGAAGGGCGCAGCCUUAGAGCUUCUUUAGGGCAAUCAGAAUGCCCGAACAAGCUGGAAGAUGCCCUUCUGUCGCUCUCAUUGAAAGGACUCGAGCUUGUGAACGAAGACACAGUCCUCCGUCGACUGAUGGUAUCGAGCAUCAAGAUCCGUCACGCAGCGCAAGACGUGAUGUGGUUUGUGGAGACGGUCAAUGUUCGCGAGUCCAUUGCUAGCAGUGCCAUGCUGAAACCUCAUGAUUUAACCUUGACCAUGGACGGUGAGCGAACGGAAGUAUUCAUAAAGCCCGUCCACGUGGUUGUCGAUCUGCUGCUUGUCGACGAUGUCUUGAGCCGCGGUGGUGGACUUGACUCGCUUCUGGAUCUGGGCAAUUCGAUCAUGUCGACUCACAACAGCAUCACACCUCCGAAACAAACAAGUCCGAAACUCCAACAGCGGACCGUGCGAUUCAACACGCCUGACCACUCGAGGCCGCGCUCGGGUAGUGAGCCCUCAUCUGGCCUGGGUAAGCUUAACAUACGCGUCGGCGGAUCUAUCAUCGAUCUCGUUGGCUCAGCGGCGUCGAUACAGGUGAAGACCUCGGCCAUCAAAUUUGUUCUUCGGCCCGCUGCAGCACGAGUUGUAGUAGACGGCGCGAUGAUUGAAGGACCAAUCCUGGAUGGCGCAAAAGCUCCCACUCCAAUCUUCAUCAAGGUGAAGGCUCUUGAGCUAGUCUACUGCGAUGUGCCUGAGGAAGGGGAUCUCGACAGGUUGCUAUCACUUAUCACCCCAUCGAACGACAAGUAUGAUAAAGAUGACGAUAUCAUGGUCGAUACACUUCUCAAUCAGCGUCGUAAAGCUGGUGUGCUCCACCUGGAGGUCGCCGAUGUCCAGCUUGAUGUUCAAGGCUUUGAAUGGCAACAGCACAUUGCCAAAUUGUCGGACGAGCUAGCAAAGUUAUCUUCCGUUACCAAGUACCUGCCGGAGGACGACAGACCAGGGCUCCUAACGUUUGCUCUUCUGCAGAAGUUUGGACUCCGUUUUGCAAUUCAUGAAAGCUUCGGUCCUCUUUUCUUCAAGGCUGAGCUUCUAGAAGGAGCGCAUAUUGCUAUGCCGGCCCUCACAGCAGCCCAGGUCUCAAGCUGGUCUCUGGCUCGUAACAAGGAUGAUUUACUCAUUGGUGAGGUACUGGCCCAGAAUGAUGUAAUGAGCCCACCGAUGCUGAUGUGCCGCUUUAUUGCUGGUGAGAUGGAGCCUACCGUUCGAAUAAAGCUCACGAAUACUUCCGUGGAGUACAAAGUAACCACUCUGAUGGCCAUCACGGACCUUCUCGAGAAACUUGAUCUCAGUUCCAGGCAUACACCCAAAGACUCCUCUCAGCCACUCAGUCCAGCUUCAUCUCGGAGCAGUGAAGUCCCAGACUUUGCAAGGAAGGUCAAGGUUUCACUCGUCCUUAGAGAUUCAGCUGCUGCUUUGUACCCACUAGGCAGCUCGGCAAAAGGUCUUUUCAUUCUGACCGACACGACAGUGAGCUAUGAGUCUCAGAAAAGGGGCCCAAAGAUCUCGUUGGAUAUGAAGAAAGCAUCCCUUUUGAUUAUCAAUUCCACAGUAACUCUUGGAGCUGGCGUUGGCAACGCAGAUGAGAAGCUGUAUUUUGACCAGAACGAUCAGAUUCAGAAAUUGACGAAGCUUGGUUAUGUGCCAGUGGCGUCAUUGACCUCUGUUACGGCUGCGGUCAAUGUUGUUGAGCAAGCGCACGAACCACGGCAGCGUAUCGACGUCGAACUCAACAAGGCGCUCCUGUUCAUGGAAACGUGUGCAGAUUCGACCCAGACUUUGGGCCAGAUACUGGGCGCUCUCUCGCCUCCUUCAGCCCCGUCAAAGGAUGCUCAGUACCGGACUGAAGUCAUUCCGAUCGAGAACUUGCUUGCUUCUUUCACCGGCAAUGCAUUCGUUUCCGAAGCUGGCCGUGAGCUCGGUAUGGAUGCUUCUCAGAUCUCUGCUGCGCUGAGUCAUAGUUUGCAAAACGAAAGUACGGCAGAAUCUGGUCUCCUCGGCGGGGUUUAUGAGGAGGAUACAGAGGCCGCUAUGGAAGACAGCUACAUUUCGGACAUGGCUAGCUCAAUAGCCUCCUCAUCGAUCCACAUCGCACCCGUCGAUGUGACUGCGCCUGAUCCAGAUGACCUUGCCCAGAGCGUGAUGGUACAUAGCAUGCUUGACUUCAGAGAAGACCAUUUUACGCAGAAACCAAGUGAUGGAAGCACUGCACACCGUUGGAACUCAGCGAAGAACACGUAUGAGCUCGCCAAUGAAGCUGCUGAUCAGAAGUCCCCCCUCACAGUCAAAGCUAGGAACUUCCAUAUCAUCUGGAAUCUGUUCGAUGGAUACGACUGGCAGGGGACGAGGGACACAAUAUCACAAGCCGUUCGGAACAUUGAGGAGAAGGCCAUGUCCAAACGGCCCGGCACCAAAUCUCCAGGCAUAGAAGAGGACGAUGACGACGUAAUAGGAGACGUGCUCUUCAACUCGAUCUACAUAAGCAUUCCAGCGAACAAGGACCCACGGGAUCUAACUAGUGCUAUUAACCAUGACAUCGAUGACAUGGUGAGCGAGACAGGCAGCUAUGCGACGUCAACCACUGUAACAGCAACGCCCUCACGUCAAGUUCGUCGGCAAUCAGGUCUGCGCCCUCGACCGAAAAAGCUCAAGUUGAGCCGGAGCAAGAAUCACAAGAUCUCGUUCGAGUUGCAGGGCCUGGUGGUCGACUUCAUCGCCUUCCCGUCAAGCAGUGGAGAAGUGCAGAGUUCGAUUGAUGUUAGAGUGCACAAACUCGAGGUUUUCGACAAUGUUCCGACAUCGACGUGGAAGAAGUUUGCUACAUAUCUGCACGAAGCCGGUGAGCGCGAAGUUGACAAAAGCAUGGUCCACAUCGAGAUGCUCAACGUUAAACCCGUGCCAGACCUUGCCGCAUCCGAGAUUGUCAUGAAGGUAACGGUGCUACCGCUAAGACUUCAUGUCGACCAAGAUGCGCUUGACUUCAUGACGAGGUUCUUUGAGUUCAAAGACGAAAGCGAUACAGCGCCAUCAACACCCUCUACGCCGCCUUUCAUCCAGCGCGUUGAAGUCAACCCAGUCAAACUCCAGCUUGACUACAAGCCGAAGAAGGUUGACUACGCAGGUUUACGCUCAGGCCGAACAACUGAGUUCAUGAACUUUAUGAUACUAGAAAGAACCAAUAUCGUGCUGCGCCGGGUGAUUCUGUACGGAGUCUCGGGCUUCGACAGAAUGGGCAUCACACUGAAUAACAUCUGGUCACCAGAUGUGCGCCGUAACCAGCUGCCCACAGUCCUUGCUGGCCUGGCUCCUGUGCGCCCUCUUGUUGAUGUUGCAAGCGGGGUACGUGAGCUUAUAGCCGUGCCGAUCCGCGAAUACCAGAAGGAUGGACGGCUGGUGCGAAGUAUUCAGAAGGGUGCUGCUGCCUUUGCAAAAACGACCGCGACGGAGCUUGUCAAUCUUGGUGCGAAACUAGCUGUAGGGACGCAGCAGGUGCUCCAGAACACGGAAGGCGUGCUGGUGGCUAAUGAAAAAGAGAUGGACACGGAUGAAGAGGCCACAAAACAGAUUUCGCUGUAUGCAGAUCAGCCAGUUGGCAUUGUGCAAGGCCUCAGAGGCGCAUACGCCAGCCUUGAGCGAGACUUACUUCUUGCUAGAGACGCCAUUGUUGCUGUCCCCGGAGAAGUGAUGGCUAGCGGCACGGCAGCUGGUGCAGCAAGAGCUGUGCUGAAGCAGAGCCCCACCAUCAUCCUACGCCCAGCUAUCGGUGCCACAAAAGCUGUUGGUCAGACGUUGAUGGGCGCGGGUAAUGCUCUGGACAAGCGGAAUCUGAGGAGGAUUGAAGACGUGAGUGCUCGCCAUCCCUUGUCCUGUCGAGUUGACAUACUAAGUCCUGGCAGAAAUACAAGCGUCACUGAUCGACGAGUCUAG